CAGCGCUCCUUUCUAUUUUGUAUUUCAUAAAUUAAACACAGCGUCCGAUUCGUCCUAUAACGUAUAUAUUUAUGUUUUGCCGUGUUUAUAUAGCGGCUAAAUUCUUGCGUGGGAGUGGUUUCCCUGAGCAGGAACGUGUAAGGCGCGGCUGCUUGUCAGUAUAACAAUAAGUCUCUGCUAAUGUCAUCGUAAUUACCCUGUACAGCUAGCUCCCAACGCUCCUUCCUGGGACUUGACGCAAACAUUUUGUAUUAGACAUUAGCCGUGGCGCAUGGCACACGUUUUUUUUUUUCGUUUCUUGUUCGAAAUGUAAAUCCUGAAAUGCCGGCGUUGCGUUCACAAUUGUCCGUUUCAUAGAGGGCUGCUGGAACGGCCAGCCUUCACUUAUGUAAUUUCGACACUGUUGUGGACUGAGAAACCUGAUCAGGGACGAUUGUAGUGACGACUUCACCCUCCUCCAUCUCCUGCAACUUUACACCCUGUUGUUUCCAUGCCGUAUGCGCAGCCCGGUGAGGUUAGACGGGUCUUCCCUUUGCUGACUUCAGUUUGAAGAGGACAAGUGUGUCGGAGGUGGUGUCUGUCGGAGGGAGGCUCGGCGGUGCUUCGACUUGUCCCAUCAGCUGGAGUGUCUCCAGGCUUGAAAGGGCGCUGUCCAUUUUCGCAGUUUGGUUUUUCUUAAAUGGCACACAUUCUUCAUUCGGGUGUGAACUCCUCUCUCUAUCCAGAGGAAGAUCAGAGUGGAUGUCAUACUUCACUGGUUCAAUUGUUGUCAUCCACCGGGUUCUUGUUUUGAGCAGAUCAGGAGGUUAAGGCAGAGAUGCAAUCCUAUCACAGCUCAAGUUGCUUUCAGUAAGAGGUGGGAUUCAUGGCGUCAAAAGGAAGAACGUUUCCUGGCUUGUCACCAUCCUGGAGUUGUAAAUUGCAAAGAGUCUAAAGUAGAAAUGCACCACCAGCAUAAUAUUUACAAAUGCCUUCCAGAUGCAGUGUUUUGCGAUCGCUGAAGUUGCUGGUUCUGAUUCCAAACCGUCUCUUCCAUCGAGAACGGAGGUCUUCUGACAGAUUUAAAGAGCUGCAGCAAAAGCAAAUGAGGUGGAUUCGCAACGGAUUGCGUCGUGUGUGGGACAUAGAAACUUGAGCCAUUGCUGUGUCAUUGCCAGGCCUGUCACAACAGCGUAUGAAUUGACUCAGAGAUUAAACGAUAACAUUGUUGUUUCGAGACCAUUUUUAAGAAAUACAUUGGUAGGGCAUAAUAAUGUAAGUUCACUCUCUCAAACAUCUAUAAACUUUAAUUUUGUAAAGGACUCUUUACAUUAGAAUCGGAAGAUAUUUUAAACAGAAGUAACAAUAAUGGCCAAUAAAUUGCACAUCACAAAAACAUAAAUCAAAUGAACUACAAAGUUUCUAAACAAAAAUAGCCCUUCAAAAAAUAUUAAUCAUCAGAAUGGAAAUUAUUACACUCCUUUUAAUUGAUCAUGCAAUGAAUUGAUAUAUUGCUUAUUGCGACAGGUUUCGUCAUGACGGAUAUGGCACUGUCAUAGAACAACAAUGUCUUCAGUCAGAGGCUUCUUUGGAUUCUUUGCAAGCCUGACUGCUACUGGAGGUCCUUUCUGCUCACAGCCUCGUCACUCGAAACAACUCUUUGAAGAUAAUUUGAUGAUAUUAGUUAUGGUAUUUGAUUUCCCUUUGGGAUAAAUGAGGUAUUUUGGAUUUGAAGAGAUUUUGGACUGUCUGAUCACUGGUCAGAGCUUGUCCGGCUGAUAAUUGCACGUCCAAAUUUCUAACCAUUUUUGUGUGGUCUCUUCAUAAACAGCGUUGUGGCUCCUUUCAUUGGAUUUGGUCGAUAGAAGUAUCCAAAGAGUGACGCUGCGUAAUUCCACUUUUCUACAUGAAGUUAGAUAUUAUUCAAAACUCUAAUCCAUUUCUAGUUGUAAAUGUUUUUAACCCUGUUUUUUUUUUUUCUCAACACAUUUGACGUAAUUCUGACACGGGGGGAAAAACGUCCCGAUACGGGAAUCCGAAAGGCACGUAAACAAUCCCCUCAGACUGUCUCCACACUGGAAGCAAAAUGCGACCCAUAAUCCCAGGUUGUACAAGAAGCCGUUCGUGGAGUCGUUCGAGGAGACGCCUCUGCUGGUGGCUGUGCUCACCUACAUGGGCUACGGCAUCCUCACCGUCUUCGGCUACCUCAGAGACUUCCUCCGCCACUGGAACAUCGAGAAGUGCCAUGUGGCUCGAGAGAGAGACGAACAGAAGGAUUUCGUGCCUCUCUAUCAGGACUUUGAAAACUUCUACACCAGGAACCUGUACAUGCGGAUCCGGGACAACUGGAACCGGCCCAUCUGCAGCACCCCCGGAGCCAAGAUGGACCUCGUGGAGAGAGUUACCCACAACUACAACUGGACGUUUGAGCACACCGGCAGGGUGGUGAAGGACGUCAUCAAUAUGGGGUCAUACAACUACCUCGGCUUUGCUGAGAACACUGGCACUUGUGCCGAUGCUGCUAUCGAAGUCACACAGAAAUAUGGAGUCGGCGUGGGAAGCACUCGCUGUGAGAUGGGCAACCUGGACAUCCACGAGGAGCUGGAAGAGUUGGUGGCCAGGUUUCUGGGUGUCGAGUCGUCCAUGGCCUUUGGGAUGGGCUUUGCUACCAACUCCAUGAACAUUCCUGCUCUCACUGGGAAGGGUUGUCUCAUCCUGAGUGACGAGCUGAACCACGCUUCGUUGGUCCUGGGCGCUCGGCUGUCUGGCUCCACGAUCCGAGUCUUCAAGCACAACAACAUGCAAAGCCUGGAGAAGCUGCUUAGAGACGCUAUUGUUCACGGACAGCCCAGAACCCACAGACCCUGGAAGAAGAUCCUGAUUGUGGUGGAGGGCAUUUACAGCAUGGAGGGGUCCAUCAUCCGCCUGCCUGAGGUCAUCGCCCUGAAGAAGCGCUACAAGGCGUACCUGUACCUGGACGAGGCCCACAGCAUCGGCGCUCUCGGCCCAAACGGCAGAGGAGUGGUGGACUACUUCGGCCUGGACCCCAAGGAUGUCGACAUCAUGAUGGGAACGUUCACAAAGAGCUUCGGCGCUGCCGGUGGAUACAUCGGAGGCAAAAAGGAGCUGAUCGACUACCUGCGCAGCCACUCUCACAGUGCUGUGUACGCCACAUCCAUGCCCCCUCCUGUGGCCCAGCAGAUAAUCACCUCCAUGAAGAUCAUUAUGGGAGAGGAUGGAACAACUCUGGGCACCGACCGCCUCCGGCAGCUUUCAGAGAACACCAGAUACUUCCGCAGGAGACUCUGCGAAAUGGGCUUCAUCAUCUACGGAAACGACGACUCGCCCGUCGUACCGCUGAUGCUCUACAUGCCGGCCAAAAUCGGGGCUUUCGGCCGGGAAAUGUUGAAGAGGAACAUCGGCACCGUGGUCGUCGGCUUCCCGGCCACGCCUAUAAUUGAGUCGAGAGCGCGCUUCUGCGUUUCAGCCGCUCACACCAGAGAAAUGCUCGACACCGCUCUGGAGGCCAUUAGUGAAGUGGGCGACCUGCUGCAGCUGAAGUACUCCAGACGGGAACAACCUCUCCCCUCUCAGGGAUGGAUGUCUGAAGAGAGCCUCCUUCAGGACUGAACCAGCUCCCAUCUUUUAUUUCCUCCUUCCUAACCUCUCUGCACAACACACAUCCCGAUAGAUUAAUUUAUCCGAUGACAAACACUUGGAGCCUGUCUCACCCACUCAGCUGCUCCGUGUCUGCGAGAAGCGAACCUGUGGCCUGCGACCUGUUCGCAAGACUCGUCACAAAGUGUUUCCAGGGCAUUGCUCGCUUCCUCACACGUCAUGUCUUAAAUCUUUUUAUAUAUCUCUGUUUAUAGAGAUAUAUAUAUAAAAAAUAUAUAUAUAUAAUACGUUUUAUUUGUGCAAUAAAAAAAGAGAAAAGAUUUCAAGAAGCCUAAAACAAAGUAGGGGGAGCUCUGAUGUGGAGAAGAGAUCUGAUCCUAGCCUUUUUGCACGAGACAAACCUGAUGCGUGUAAAUAUUAUUUAUCGCAAAAGGAAAGGCGUAUUAUUUCACACACACACAGACGAUUCCCGGUGUGUUUUGAUCCGAUCGCUUCUACUUGAAUCUGCUCAUAGAAUAUUGGAUUUUCUUUUUGUUGUUUUGUUUGUUCCCCCCCCAACCAAAGGUUAUUGCAUAUGUAUAGAUAUAUUUUCUACAUUUCUCUUGAAAUGCAAAGCAGAUAUUUCCAAAAGAAAAACAUGUAACUGGGGGGAAGAAAAAAAAAAAGACAAAAAAAUCCCAGGAGCAAGACUGACGAAAAAUAUUUUUUUACCGCUUAUUUUCUAUUAAUAGUCCUGCAGCCUAAUUUACUGUUUACACCUGCACUCAAACACUUGAGCCAAGUGUCUUUAACAUUUCUUUGAGGUAAACGGCCAACAUGUAUAUUCUCCAUUCUGCUCACUAAAGUGCUUCUAUGUGAAUAUCCGAGCAUGACGACGCGCUGCAACUUCGGUCUGUAUGCAUGACGAUGCUGCUCCAAACCUCAUCCGAUAUGUACAGAACACUUUUUAUUUAUUGAAGAACGCCGUCUCGUCGUUUCGCUAUCUGUUUUUGAAAGGCAGCUCUAAAACAUGCUACAGUCGAGAAGAUCUAUUGGAAUCAAUUACACGCGUUAACAUCCGCACUGUACCACUGACAGGCGCUCGAAAUGCCGAAUGACGUUGGUAGGAAAGUUUUAUGUACAUCCACGUAAAUAUAUACUCUGAAUGUUCUUUAUUUAUUGUUUUUUUUUUUCACCAUGAUUUUUACAUUUUGUGAUCAUCCACUGAAACAGCAUUCCAUAAUCAUUUUUUGCUUUCAGUGUGUAGCUGUCAUUUUGAUCAGUUUUUAUGUUGUUGUUUUUUUGGUAAACCGUCUGCUGUCCAGUUUCAAUGUGAGUCAUUUUUGUUCUGUCACUACUGUUGUCAGCUGAAGGUGUUGGUUGUUGGUCAGAAAGUUGUCUGUUGUCUGUCAACGUGUUCUUUUAUGCUGAUAAAAAAAAAUAUCAACAAACAUUAA